GUUUCAUCUCCAUCUUUCAAAGGUUUCGAAAUAUCAGAUUCCGAUCAGACUUUUGCGGAGUACCUGGAACAGAAUAGACCUCGCUUGGAGUCGUACGUGAUAAACUGCGUACCCCUGGAAGACAUCGAACGUUGGCUUUUCAAGAAACUUUCCGCCAGUUACCACUCCAAAGAAGUCCCCAAUCAGCUGACUAGAAAAUCCACUGAAGUCUCCAAGAAGAUGACUACUAAAGACAUGUUCAUGGAAUCGGUAAGCGCCUUCCAAGAAGACCCGACUGAACAUGUGGUGAUGCGCGAUAUGGGUCGACGCAUCGCCAACGCCGUUUGCGCGGAUGCACAUCGCGUGUUUAAGCUUUUCCCGGACCAACCCAAAUUUGUGCAAUACUUUGCUACCAAUUCUUCCCCAGAUCAGCCGCCGCUUCUGGAGCGUGCGGAACCUGACGUGUUAGCCUUGGUGUUGGAAGCGGCAGAGAAAUCUGAGUGCUGGAAAGUCUCACGCGAAGAACACGACAGUUUCCCUGUUACACCGGUGGAACUCUUCGACAACCAAGGUAGUGGAGUGAAGGAAGCUGACCACAUUCUAUACAUCCCCGUGCUCACUACGUCGAGUAAAGCGUCGUACGUAGUCGAAGUAUGGCGGACCAAGCCGUUCGGCAAUUCCGACGAAAAGAUGACCACUAACUUUAUACUAUGGGGAAGCUUGACACUGUACUUCUGUAACCUAUAUCUGGACAAGAAGAGAGAGCGAAAUAUGUCUGAUUUUCUUCUCGAUGUUGUCAAAGCAAUAUUUGAAGAAAUGGUUUCUCUGGAUCAGCUCAUUAAACGCAUCCUCGAAUUCGCUCAACGGCUAGUCAACGCAGACCGUGCUUCACUUUUCCUGGUAGACUACCGAAAUUUCGAGCUGGUGUCUACGGUGUUUGAUCUGAAAUUUGACCCCGGUCAGUCAAGAGACGUGGAGAAAAAGGAAAUCAGGAUGCCAAUUAGCCGAGGCAUAGCAGGUCAUGUUGCUUUAUCUGGAGAGACUAUGAAUAUUCCUGAUGCGUAUUCAGACUACAGAUUUAAUAGGGAAGUCGAUGAAGCUACAGGUUAUAAGACCAUAUCCAUCCUCUGUAUGCCGAUCAAAGUGCAAGGCAAAGUUAUUGGCGUUGUACAAAUGGUCAAUAAACGCAACGAUGACAGUUUUCACCACGAAGAUGAAGUGGCUUUUGAGAUCUUCUCCAGUUUCUUCGGAUUAGCUCUUCACCACGCCAGACUCUACGACCGCAUCAUGAGAAAAGAACAAAAAUACAAAGUAGCUCUGGAGGUUCUUAGCUAUCAUAACACUUGCAGAGAGAAUGAAGUACAGGCUUUAGUCCGUGACCCAGAGAUAGUUGACGUCAACUUCAAUGACUUUUAUCUCGAUCCAUAUAAAUUUACUGAAGUCGAGAAAUGCAAAGCAGUGAUAACAAUGUUUAAUGAUCUUUUCGAUCUCACUAGGUUUGAUGUUAUAACUGUGACCAGAUUUAUUUUGACUGUGAAAAAAAACUACAGAACCGUGCCGUAUCAUAAUUUUGACCACGGAUGGUCAGUCGCCCACAGCAUGUAUGCUGUAAUAAAGACAGAUGUACGAAAACGGUAUAAUUACAAAAUGAGACUAGCUCUUUUCGUGGCGUGUCUGUGCCAUGAUCUGGAUCACCGUGGGUACACCAAUAAGUACAUGAGUGAAACAGCUUCACCUCUCGCUUCCAUGUACACAACGUCCACUUUAGAACAUCACCAUUUUAAUAUCACUGUAACAAUUUUACAGCAAGAUGGCCACAAUAUUUUCUCCCAUAUGUCGAGUGAAGAAUAUAAAGAUGUUCUCGGCUUAAUUCGUCACUGCAUCCUCGCAACUGACUUGGCUGCUUUUUUUCCUAACCUAGCUAAACUGAAGCAGCUAUGCGAUGAGACUUCCAGUUCCAAAUUUAGUUGGAAUAACAACUACCACAGAGAAUUAGCUAUGGCGAUAUCGAUGACAGCAUCUGACCUGUCAGCAUCAGCAAAGCCUUGGUACAUCCAAAUCAGAACCGUCAAGGUCAUAUUCGAGGAAUUUUAUGACCAGGGCGACAAGGAACGUGCUGCAGGUAGAGACCCCAUACCAAUGAUGGACAGAAAUAAGCCAGAUGAACAACCUGACAGUCAGGUGGGUUUUUUAAGUCAAAUUUGCAUUCCGUGUUACAAAGUAUUGUACCGAAUUCUUCCUAAGACUAAACCUAUGUAUGUCAUGGCAUUGAAGAAUCUGCACAACUGGAAGUUAAAAGCAGAUAGGGCCCGAACGUUGAAGUACAGUGGAGAACUAUUCGAUGACUCGGAAAUAGAAGAUAUUCCUGAGGAAAUAUUACUUCAAGGUGAGCCUGACAUCAACGAAGAAGAAGAAAGCUAUGCAAAGGAUGUGCAAGAUAGUGUCGAUUUGGUAGCGGAAGUCAAACAGGAAGAAAAUGUAGAAGAGAUUUCGAGAGAAGAUGAAAGAGAAAUUUUAAGUACAGAAGGGGCAGAUGGUACUUGGGACGAAGAUGACAAAAUCAAAAAUGAAGAGAAAAUAGGAGGACGACUUUCGAAAGACAUUGAAGGAGUGACAUGGAUAGACGAAGAGGGAGUCGUUUUAAGGCCCAAUGGCGUUUUAAAAGAAUAUAAUAAUAGUGACGCUACAUGA